AUGCUGCUGAAAUCCUGGCCGUCUUUGCGAUGGCUCUGCCCCUGUCUUUGUCAUCCGUCUGCCGAGCAAGGACGAGGUGCCGUGCCAUCCGUGCGUCGACAAGAGCAGUGUGCAUUCUGCGCAGGCAAGGAGGUUGUCUACAGAGACCGGGAUGGCCUCUUUGCCAAUUUGGAUGGGGCUGGCGACUAUGACAUUGUGAAGUGCCCGCAUUGCCAAGGCGCUGCAGUCUGGAUCGAAUGUUGCCAUGAGCCGACGAAGAAGCGUCCUGGCAUCCUGAAGCGGGGCGACCGCAAGAUUGAGUGGUUUGAGCUGUGGAGGACGCCUUCCAUAGCCGCAGAAGGACUCGAGGGCACCUUAGAGAGUUCAACCGGCUCCCCCGUCGGAUUCGGUCUCGCCCGCGAAAGAUGCCAGGAAGCUUUGUGCCUUCAGGGCGGCAGAGCUGAGGACGUGAAAAUGCGCCCGUUCCUGGAGGCGGCAAGCAUCUACAUCACCGUCCUCGGCCAGUUGGGCACUGCAGCAUCGGCGGUGGUGGCGGAGAUCGACAAGAAUUUGCGAGGAGUUCAGCAGUUCUUCAGCCUCGAGCCCCAGAGAAGAUCCUCCCUGCGCGGCUUUCUCGAAGCCGAGAAGGCAUCGGGCCGGCACCAGCCGGAUGAACCCUGUCGUUGCCAGAUCGCCGAUCCCAGCGGUGCUAUGCAGCUGCAGUGGUUGCUGCGCGGCCUGGGCUUUUACGCACGCUUUCUGCAGCUGCAACUGGAAGAACAUCCUGACGCUGCAAUGAAGGCCUACAGCGAGAACCUCGAGGAAUACCACAGCACGUUCACCGCCUUCACCUUUCGACUGCUGCUCGCCUCCAUGCCCACGAAGGAUGCUUUGUGCCGCCUUCCCGCCUUCAGCAGUCCGGGUGCUGCCGCUGAGGCCUCAUUAGCCGCUGCGGAGCUCUCAGCGUUGGUCAGAGCCAUGGUGAAGAUCUGUCAAGAGCAGCAACUGUGGCAGAGCCAUCGCGUUUGA